AUGGCCGUUACGUCACAUUGACGCGACCUGGCGUGUUGUCACUUCCGUCAAAAAAAAAUAUAACAAAUGUCUAUCCAAGCUAAUUUUUUACGUUAUUUUUGUGUUUAACUGAACCCACGACUCCACUGGCGGUCGCUUACCAUCAGCUUCGGCACUCAUGGAGCCAUCCACGAAGCCUGGAUCCAAUCAGGUGGCCGAUGUGGUGUUUGUCAUCGAGGGGACUGCAAACCUUGGACCCUACUUUGAAUCUCUAAGAAAAAAUUAUAUACUUCCAGCUAUUGAAUAUUUCAAUGGUGGGCCCCCAGCAGAAACAGAUUUUGGUGGAGAUUAUGGAGGGACACAGUACGGUCUUGUGGUGUUCAACACAGUGGACUGUGCCCCGGAGUCGUAUGUACAGUGCCAUGCACCAACCAGCUCUGCCUUUGAGUUUGUCUCAUGGAUCGACAACAUCCAGUUCAUGGGAGGUGGAGCAGAAAGUUGUAGUCUAAUUGCAGAAGGGCUCUCUGUGGCCUUGCAGCUCUUUGAUGACUUUAAGAAGAUGAGGGAACAAAUAGGUCAAACCCACAAAGUGUGUGUGUUGCUGUGUAACUCUCCUCCAUAUCUGCUUCCUGCUGUGGAGAGUGUCAGCUACACCGGCUGCACAGCAGACAACUUGGUCAAAAUCAUCAGAGAUAAAGGAAUUCACUUCUCGGUGGUGGCUCCUCGGAAACUUCCGGCUCUAAGGGCUUUGUUCGAGCGGGCGUCUCCUGUAGUAGGGGCGGUUGAACCCCAUCCAGACUACAGUCAGGACCCCUUCCACAUGGUCCUAGUCAGAGGCAUCUCACUUCCUGUUUCCUCAGGUGGAGGACCCGGGCCGCUCAAACCUGUCCUCCCGCCUCAGUCACUGCCUGUCACUCAGCCACAGCCCCCUCCACCCAUUAACACAUCCCACCCUUAUCAGAAUCCGGCCCCCAUGACUGCUGCUCAGAUGGCUGCACAGAUGGCCGUGGAGACAGCCAACAGCCAGUCGGCCAAGAGUCGCUUCCCAGGAAUGGUCAGUCAAGGUCCCCCCUUCACCAAUCAACCAAACAUCCCAUCAGUCCCUGGGGUGAAGCACAGUCAGCCCAGCAUAUCAACAGUCACCACAGCAACGCCGCCUAUGAUGCCACAGCAACAAGUCGCUCCCAAUCAGCAGCAGUCAGUCCCACCUCCGGGGCAGCCUGCACCCAAUCAGCAGCCGCAGCAGCCACCUCAGCAGCAGCCCACGGCGAACCAGCCCACAGCUCCUUCAGCACAGCCCAACAUGCCUGGUGUGUCUGGACCUCCAGGCAAUGCAAACCAAAUUGGACCAGGUGUGGCCAAUAAGAUUGUUGCAUGGACCGGCGUCCUAGAGUGGCAAGAGAAGCCUAAAACCUCAUCUAUGGACUCAACCACCAAACUGACGCGUUCCCUGCCGUGUCAAGUUCACGUCAACCAGGGAGAAAAUCUAAACACAGACCAGUGGCCACAGAAGCUCAUCAUGCAGCUGAUUCCACAGCAGUUACUGACAACCUUAGGUCACCUCUUCAGAAACUCUCGAAUGGUUCAGUUUCUCUUCACCAACAAAGACGUGGAGUCGCUGAAAGGCCUGUACCGCAUUAUGGCCAAUGGUUUUGCCGGCUGCGUCCACUUCCCCCACACUACUUCGCCCUGUGAAGUGCGGGUGCUGAUGCUGCUCUACUCGUCCAAGAAGAGAAUAUUCAUGGGCCUGAUUCCCAACGACCAGAGCGGCUUCGUCAACGGCAUCCGGCAAGUCAUCACCAACCACAAGCAGGUCCAGCAGCACAGAGCGCAGUUGGGCGGUGCGGGGGGUCCAAUGCAACCCGGCCAGGUCCCCCCCAACCAGAAUUUCCUCAACAGGCCCCCUGGUCCCAUUCCCGUCUCCCACGGCAACGUCCAGCAGCAGUCUGUGGUGGUGGGCAUGCCCCCUGUUAGUCAGGUUUCUAUGAUGGAGGAGCAGCAGAGGCAGAACAACAUGAAAUGUGCUGUGACGUUCCCUCAGAUGACGAUGAGAGCAGCCGGACCGAACAACCAACAGCCACCGGUCAGCGGCGCUCCACCCAACCAGGUCGCACAGACGGGACAAGCCCCGCCUCAGGGUCCCAUACUGCGCCUCUCGAACCCGGGAGCCAAUCCACAGCUUCGCAGCCUUCUCCUCAGCCAACAGCAGCCGCAGGGUGGGGUGUCUCACAUGCAAGGCAUGAUGUCUCACCAGGGUUUAGGGCAGCAGUUGGUCCACUCUGCACCAGGAGGGGGGGCUCAAAUGCAGGGCCAGUGGAGGCAGCCCUUGGCAGGUCCGAUGCUGAUGUCUGGAGGUCAGAGAGGAGCGGUACCCCAGCCCGGGAUGCCCCAGGUCUCCAGCGUCAUGGAGGACGAAAUCCUCAUGGAUCUUAUCUGACUGAGCACGGUGGACUCACAAACAGGGUGUUCGGUUGAAUCUCGGCGGCCGUUUGCCAGUUUGGACACAUACAUCCGCUCUGUUGCUUUACUGCUGCAAAUGUUCAACAUAAUUAAGGAACGAAUCAUGAGUAGUUUCCUCUGUGUUUUUUUUUUACAGGACUGAGCAGCUGAAGUUAAUUAGGGGCAGACAAUGCGAGCAUUAGUUUUUCAUGUAAAUGGUCAAACCGACAGCACGCUAAUCCUCCAUGCUACACACUGGAAACACUCAAUUAUGUUAUGCUUCUGGAAAGUCUACUAUUCUAUCAUUUCUAUAUUUUAUCAUUGGAAUCUGAGGUAGUAUUAAUUUUGUUUUUAUGGAGGUUUUACUUGUUUCUGUUAGGUUUCUUCAUUAAUAAUUAAUGACGUUGUUUUACGAGGAUUAAAUAAAAUGAAGGAGCAUAGAUAA